UUCGCGUUUACUUAGCCGACUGUGGAUCUCGGCUGCGCAGUGAAUAAUAGUUUAAUUUAGAAACGAUGGAUUGCUGUUAAAACCUAAACUAACUACUGAUUGGAAGUCGACGGAGAAUUUACAAGUUUCUUUCACAUGCUAGUGCAAAUGUUUUCUCUUUAUGUUUCACCGAUUUGUCAGUAUUACCUGUCCAGCUAGCUAACUGGCUAGCAUCCGCUGCGCACCGGGGACAAUGAGUGCUGCAAAAGAGAUCAGACAACUACAAAAAGCCAAAAACAGAGCCCAAAACAGCAGUAAUUUCAAGGAGGAAGCAAGUAUCUGCAAUCAGCUCGGAGAGCUCUUAGCCAAAAAUGGUGAUUACCAGGCUGCCAUUGAGGAGCAUCGGCAGGAGCUGGCCUUGUCAGAGACGUUACACGAUGUGAUUGGUUGUGCAGUAGCCAAUAGGAAGAUUGGAGAAUGUUACGCAGAACUUGGAAACAUCGAAGCUGCUCUGAAGCAUCAGAGACGGCAUUUGGACCUGGCUCGCUCAGUCAGUGAUGCCGCUGAGGAACAAAGAGCUCUGGCCACCAUUGGCCGGACUUACCUCUUCCUUCAUGACCGUGACCAGUCACGAGACAGUCUGAAGCAGGCCGAGGAUGCUUUCAAGAAGAGUUUGGCUAUCGUGGACAAACGUCUGGAAGGCACGGUUUCAGCACGGGAGCGGAGUGAAAUGAAAGCGCGUCUCCUGCUGAACCUUGGCUUUGUGUGCGAUGGCCUAAAAGAUCCGCAGCGCUGCAGUGACUUCAUCCGCCAGAGCAUCUACAUCUCAGAGAAGAACAAUUUCCCAGAGGAUCUCUACCGUGCAAACUUUAACCUGGGCAGUAUCCACUUUCGAAAUGGGCAGCAUUCCCUUGCCAUUCGGUGCUUUGAGAAGAGCAAAGAGUGUGCACGGAAGAUGAGCGACAAAUUUAGCGAGAGCGAAUGUUUCUACAACAUUGGCAAGGUUUUAUUGAAUCUGGGAGACUUCCUGGCUGCCCGGCGCUCUCUGAAGAAGGCCUUCCGUCUAGGGUCCCAACAGCCUGCAGAGAGGGAGGCAGUGAAAAGAGAAUUAAAUUAUGCAAUCCGUGGCUGUGAGCUGGAGGAUGCUAUGUCAAACGUCAGUAAUAAGCUCUCCCAAGAGGCCUUAGGGCUUGCAGAGGGACUGGGGGACCUCUACUGCAAAGCAGGCUGCUACACCAAGGCUCUGGAUGCUUACCACACCCAGCUGUCGUGUGCGAAGGCUUUAGGGAAGCCUGCACGAGAGCUGGCUGUCAUCCACGUUUCCCUGGCAGCAACAUACUCAGACCUGCGGCAGUACCAUAAAGCUAUAGAACACUACAGACAUGAACUGGAGCUGCGGCACGGCAAUGCCAAAGAGGAGUGUGAGACUUGGCUGAACAUUGCAAGCUGUCAGGAGGACUCGGGCAAAAGCCUGGAGGAACUGGACAGUAGUUACACUGCUGCCUUGAGCUGUGCUGAAAGAGCAGCUCAAAACAAACUACAAAGGCGGGUUCUAAGAGCAUGGCUACAGGUGCAGAGGCGGGUCAAUUCAGCAGAUACUGACGCCACGGAGGCUCGUCUCCAGGAGUUGUGUGAAGCAGAGGGCCACGGGCUGGAGGAGAGCGAUGAUGAGGAGGAGGAAGAGCAGUUGCAGAACAGCGAACCACUGGACAGUGACAUCCAGCUCUCAGACUCUGAUGACGACAUGGAGGGCUACGAUAAGAUUGUGACUGGCCGAAGGAAAACUGGAAGGUGGAACAGGCGGAAUGAAAAGGGUGAGACUGUGCUCCAUCGAGCCUGUAUUGAAGGUAACCUGAAGCAGGUCCAGUACCUGGUAGAGCAGGGUCAUCCCCUAAACCCCAGAGAUAACUGUGGCUGGACUCCACUCCAUGAGGCCUCCAAUCACGGCCAUUUAGAGAUUGUUGCAUUGCUGCUGGACAGAGGAGCUAACAUUAAUGACCCUGGGGGUGCACAGUGUGAUGGGGUCACACCCCUGCAUGACGCCCUCAUCUGUGGGAACUUCAAGGUGGCACGACUGCUGGUCCAGAGGGGCGCUUCAGUCAAUGUUCGCAAUAACAAGGGGGAAACACCUUUGGACAGCUUGUGUCAGUGGCGGAAGACAUAUGGUAGAGAGCUGGAUCAGGACACAGUACGGGAGUGUACAGAAACAGAGAAAUUCCUGAAGCGGGCAGAGACUGGAGGAGUUGCAGCUGUGUCUCCGAGGCCUGUCCUGCAAGACAGUCAGCUUUUCGAUGCUGAGUGCUCAGAGCCACUGUUGCAGCAGGAUGAGCUCCACCCCACUUCCCAGCAUGCCCUGCCUAGUACACGGACCCCACCAGAAGCUGUUACUCCCCCCAGAGUCAGACGAUCAACUGGGCCCCGUCACCAACCCAGAGGGACUGAGCAGAAUGUUCUCUUUGGGGAGAGCAAUGAUUCUGACCACUCUGACUGCUCCAUCAGCCCGCUGCGACCUGUGCGGCCUAGACUCCGUUUCCCAGAAGACCCUCUGUCCCCACGUGAAGUUUCUCCUAGUCAGGAUGUCCCAUCCUACCUACAUGGGGGUAGAGAUUCAGUGUUGCCCCCUAAGCCUGUCUGUGGCAGAGAGGAGUACCAGAGAGCAAUGCACAACCUAGGCAGUGCCAAGUCCCGCCUUCUCUCCCAAAGCCUGUCAGAACCAGCCUUCAGCAGCACACCGGCAGUGUCAGCCAAUCAUGUUUCAGCUCUGGUCCCUGAGGACGAAUACAUAGCAGAUGACUGGCUGGAAGAUGACUUGGGGAGCGCUCAGCCCAAAAAGAAAAGGAAAAUAUCCUCCGAACAGGACAACAGGCGGGACAGCAUGAUGCGUUCUAGAAGCCAGAUUUAUGUGUCUGGACCAUCAGAGCCUUCUGCUAGAGUUCAGUCAUCCUCCAACAGGAGUCUCUCUCUGAAAAAGAGCAAUAAGGCACGGCAGGUGAAGAUGAAUCAGCUGCCUGGCAUGGUGAUGCUGGGCAGGAGAGAAAUCGGCAGGUCACCAAGUCCCAUUAUCACCCCUGAAGAUGACCCUCCACAGCCUGUACGCCCGCAAACUUACAGCUCACAGACAGUGACACAGGCUGCCCCUCAGAUCACAGCACCUGCCAUGCCUGCACCAAUCAGGAUGAGAGUUAGAGUUCAGAACAAUGUCUUCCUGAUUCCUGUACCACACAGUGAGGCAGACUCUUGCACUGUGUCCUGGCUGUGUGAGCAGGCCGCUCAGCGUUAUUAUCAAACCUGUGGGCUGCUGCCACGUCUCUCCCUGCAGAAAGAGGGUGCUCUUCUCUCACCUACUGACCUGCUGCUGGCUGUGCUGCACACCAAUGAAGAGGUUCUUGCAGAGGUCUGCUCGUGGGACCUCCCUCCCCUUCCUGAGCGCUAUAAGAAAGCCUGUACAAGUCUAGCUGUGGAGGUGAACAGACGUGUGUUGCGGCUGUGUGAGGUGCAGGAUGGCUCUCCUUGUGUGACUGUGUGUGGUCUCAGUCUGGCUCCUGCAUGUCUGGUGCCUCUGCUGCGUGCUCUCAAACUACAAGACAGUCUGACUGAGCUUCGUCUCUCCGCCAACCGUCUUUGUGAUGACCUCCUGCCUGAGCUUGUCUCUGCAGCAACCACCAUGCCCCGCCUACGACUUCUUGACGUCUCAGCCAAUCAGAUUACAGGAGAGGGCAUUAAGAAGGCAGUCAGUGCUUUAGAGGGAAGGAGUGAACCUGCAUUUCCGUGCCUGGAGGAGUUAAAUUUCAGUGUGAAUCCUCUUGGAGAUGGCUGGUCUCAAGCUCUGGCCUGUCUGCUGUCAGGCUGCCCCCUAUUGACCACUCUAUCUCUGCAGGCCUGUGGCCUCACAGCCCGCUUCCUGCAGCAACACCGCAUCCUAUUAGCGAGCGCUCUCACAGAUACAGGACACCUGAGGUCAGUGUGCCUCUCCCAGAACACUCUGGGCUCCACAGGGUUUGAGUUGGUGUUGAAGACAUUGCCACUACAGUGCCUCACACACCUGGAGCUUAAUGCAGUGUGUAAAGGGCCCACAGAGCAGCCUGCGCUGGAUCUCCUCACCAAACUCCUAACACAGGCUGACUGCUCGCUCACACAUCUGAGCCUGGCUGCAAAUGGACUGACAGAUCAGAACAUCCGCUCACUCACCAGAUGUCUACUUCUCUGUCCCUCCCUGGUGUCUUUGGAUCUGUCAGCCAAUCCUGCUGUGACUUCAGAGGGACUCCACAGCCUCCUCAGUGCUCUUAGGGAGGCCCGGCGACCUUUGACUCAUCUUAACCUUCAAGGUUGCCAGGUGUGUGGGCCGUGGGAUGUUGCUUGUUUGGAUGGCCUGUCUGAGUGGGUCCAGAAUCUGCAGCUGUGUUCUCAGCGACUAAACAAGCUGGACCAGGAGAUCCUGCAGAAAAACUGGCCAGGACACAUCAUGACCCGAAACUCCAAAUGCCUGCUUAGCACUGCCCCUGCAAUGCAGUGAUCCCAUGCUGUCCUCUGGUGUCUGUGCAGUGGCUGGGGAACAGAACUGUGCAGACAUCAAGGCCAUCAUGCAUGGGUGCCAUUGUUUGAUUUUCUUUUUUUUUUUAGACACUCUUCUAGUUUAUAAAUGGUGCCUCAAUUGUGAAUUUGCUUGGAAUUGUACAGAUUUAGUGUACAAACAUAUAUUUGUAAGAUGUAUUUAAAUAUUUGUGUGUCUGAAUAAUACAUGCUAAUCUAUGAAACCAGUAAAGGUGUCCUUUCCAGACUUAGCCUGUCUUCCUGAUUCAACAGUUUUGUAAUUUUUCUGCAUU